AACCCAACACAGUGAAACUCGUCUCUUUCCUCAACAUCAUUCAAUCUCUCUCUCUCUCUCUCUCUCUCUCUCUAAGUUGAGUUUAGUGGGUUGGUGUUUAAUUCACUUCAGACUCCUUUGUUUCUCUCUCUCUCUCUCUCUCUCUCUCUCUAUUUCUUCUCGUUCUGGCUCCUCCACACCCACCAUGGCUGAGGCAACAAAGCACAACAACCUACCCAUCAAUGGUGGAACAUUGAUCUCAGACAUGAAGAGCCUCUUCUCCAUCAUCAAAACCAGAAGAACUGUUGCCUUCGCCUAUGGCUUCAUGUUUGCCUUUGUUGUCUUCACUGUUUUCUUGGCCUUCAAUCCAAACCCCAACUCUGGUGCUCCUUGGUUCACUAACAUAUUCAGCACCAGCAGCACUGCUACUACUUCUGGUAGUGGAUCUCAGUUCUCUUCCUUUUUCUCUUCUUUCUUCUACCCCAAUGCUUCUUCUUCCUCCUCCCAACAGUUCCAAAGUUCUGUUCCUUCUCCACAAACACAGCCAUCUAGAUCUAGUAACACCACUGUGAAUAAACAACCGCCGAGCCAAACUCAGCCCAUUGUGAAUUCUGAUAAACCACAAGUUUUGAGCCCAAAUCAGACAUCAGAUUCCCCAUCUAACGCUUCCUUAGCGACCCAGGACAGUUCAAGUUUGCCUAAACAAACCCUUGUGAAAAACCAAACUCAGACCACCCCAAAUUCUGAUAAGGCCACAGUUUUAGAGGCAAAUCAGACCACAAUUGCCGCCCCAAUAAUUCCGGUGGCGGUGCCGGUGCCGGUGCCGGUGCCGGCCAAUAAGACCACGAGUUCACCUCCGAAAUCGGGUUCCAGUGGGAAGAACGACCCUAAGAGUGUUGCUGAGAAGGGUGUGACAUCGAAUUAUACGGAUGUGUUGAAGAAACAGAGCAAUGAAACAAAAUCCAGUGUGUCGGUGAAGGAGGGGAAGGAUGAUUUGAUCAAGUCUUUGUUGAGUUGUGAUUUGUUUCACGGGGAAUGGGUCGAGGAUGAUUCAUACCCUCUUUACGAACCUGGGUCUUGUCCUUUGAUUGAUGAGCAGUUCAAUUGUAUUCGUAAUGGUAGACCUGAUAAGGAUUAUCAGAAAUUCAAAUGGCAGCCUAAGGAUUGCAAUCUCCCAAGGUUGGAUGGAAGUCAUAUGUUAGAGUUAUUGAGAGGAAAGCGCUUGGUUUUUGUUGGUGAUUCUCUGAACAGGAAUAUGUGGGAAUCUCUGGUUUGCAUUUUAAGAAACUCAGCAAAAGAUAAAAGCAAGGUUUAUGAAGCCCAUGGAAGAACCCAUUUUCGUGGGGAAGCUUCAUACUCGUUCAUAUUCAAAGACUAUAGUUGCACAGUGGAGUUCUUUGUUUCUCCCUUCUUAGUUCGAGAAUGGGAAAUGCCGGAUAAAGAUGGAUCGAAGAAAGAAACACUUCGUCUUGAUUUAGUCGGGCGAUCAUCCAAUCUAUACAAAGAUGCAGAUAUUCUCAUCUUCAACACUGGACACUGGUGGACACAUGACAAAACCGCGAAAGGGAAAGACUAUUACCAAGAAGGUAGCCAUGUUUAUGGUGAAUUGAAUGUUCUGGAGGCAUUUCGGAAAGCUUUGACUACGUGGUCCAGAUGGGUUGAUGCUAGUGUUGACACGGGGAAAAGUAUGGUAUUCUUUCGGGGUUAUUCUGCCUCCCAUUUCAGUGGUGGACAAUGGAAUUCCGGUGGGCAAUGUGACAGUGAGACUCUACCUAUCUUUAACGAGACUUAUUUAAGGCCAUACCCGCCAAAGAUGCUGGUACUUGAGAAGGUGUUGAAAAACAUGAAACACCACAUCACCUAUCUCAAUAUCACAAGAUUGACCGAUUUUCGGAAGGAUGGCCACCCAUCAAUCUACCGGAAGCAAAACCUUUCCCCAGCAGAAAGGAAAUCCCCAAAAAGCUUCCAGGACUGCAGCCAUUGGUGCCUUCCAGGUGUUCCAGAUGCAUGGAAUGAAGUUCUUUAUGCCGAGCUCCUAGUAAAACUGCACAAGAAGAAUCUGCAUCAGCAACUGCAACAGCAGAAGAAGAGAGCAUAGGUAAAAGUUACACGAGCUUAAGAAAGCCAUAAUUCAUACAUACUCAAAACUGUGUCUAAAUCACACUGUAGCACUAUACUUCCUCCAGUUUUUGCUAUUUCGGCAUUAUUCAUAAAAACAUGGAAGCAAAGUUAUGUGAAGAGAAAUGAUGUUCUUGGAGACAUGAACCUGAGCUUGUAGUAAACUUAUCUGUUUAUGUGAAUGAAGAGAGCUGAGGGAAGAGUGAAGAGGGAAAGAGGGUAGAGAGGGAUUUUAGCUGGUAUUUUCUCUUGUAAAGUCAUCCUUCUUUACCACAUCUUGUUCUUUUAGCCUUAAAGGCUUGAGAAUUGUAAAUGUCUUAAUUCUAUUUAUUUAGUUCUUUUAUUAAAAAUAAAAUAGUGGGAUAUAUUAUAAUAAUAUGUUCCUUUAAUUAUU